AUGAUGGAUGACUAUGCUGUGGAUCUAUCAUUAAAUUUAUUUGAUAAUGAUGAUUAUGAAUUGGGAUUACAUAUUCUUGAUGACAAUGGCGAUAAAUUGGGAUUAGAUAUUCUUGAUGAAAUGCCGCCAUUCGAUUUUGAUACUGCUAUGAACCCUUAUGCUUUGGAUCCUUCUUUGUUUGAUCGCGCCGAUCUAGGCAGUUUUAUAGAUGAUUCGUUGUCGUUAUCUAACGAACUUCAACCAACAUUUAUUCAAAAUGAAUAUGUCUCGAACAAUACUUUAAUAAAUUCAAAAGAUUGGCAGAUUAUGGAUUCAGUGUCGAAGCGUCAAAGACCACCACGCCUUUUCGAAUUUCUUUUUCUUCUAUUAAAAAAUCCAAAUUAUACGUCGUACGCAUCUUUUACGAACAAGUCUCAGGGUAUUUUUCAAAUCCAUGAACCUGACAAAGUUGCUAUGCUUUGGCAACAAGUGAAAAGUAGACAAUCACUUAAACAAAUGAACUACGAUAAAUUUGCGCGUGCGGUGAGAUGGUAUUAUAAAUUAGGUAUCAUGCAAAAAACAAAUUCUCGGUAUACGUUUCAAUUUUCACCAAAAACAUUGGAAGCGUUUCAUACCAAUCACAAUAAUAGCACAAAUUUUUACUAUCCUGAUGUGACACAGUAA